UAGCCCGUCCCAUUCCCAGAGUGCUGUAGAACGGGCUGUGUGUACGUCUGUAUAUGUUGAAUCUAAGUUAACUUCGUGACGACAUUUGCGCCCUAAUGUAAGCCCGUGGUUUUGUUGAUUCUCCUGCCUCGAGUGAUCCCAGCACCUCUGAGGACCACACGAUCGUUCCUGAGCGAUGCUGUGCUGACCGCAAAGUGUUCCCAUGAGUUGGUUUGAUACGGUGGGCAUAGCCAACCUUGCCAAGUCUGCCCUCAACUCGGCCCAGAAACGGAUCGACCGGGCACUUGACAUCCAACCCGAUGAGGCAUCUGGCUUCAGCCUUCCUAAUGACACGGAUUCCUUCUUCCUGUCAUUUGGCCUGGCCGACGACCUGUCGAAAUCUGAGCAGCCAACAUCCAAGCAGCCAGCGCCAUCUCAUCGUGAUCCAAGGCCUGAUAGCCGACGAGAUGUCGCUGACACAGAGUCGAAACUGGUGUCAGGCUGGGAGUCCUUCCUGGAGGCCACCUCAUCUGCGGUGGCCAAGCCAUUCACAGAGGCUUCGGCAGUCCUCUUGCAACCAACCAGAACUGUGUCAACAGGUGACAUAGCAGUACCGCCAAACAUGUCACCUGACACAGCAGCAGCUGUUGCAAGUGGAGGGAGGGAAAGCCCACUGAACAUCGACUUGCCAGCAUACCCACCCUUGGAACAGUCUGCAGAGUCUGACGGGUCGACCGAGACACUGCUGGGAUCAUCAUCACUUCCUGGAAGCUCUUCGCCGCUGAGUCAGAGCAGAGAGUCAUUCUUGGAUUGGCAAGGAUUAACCGCCAAAGAGCUAAAAGAUAGUGGUGUUAUCGUGCGUGAGCCGGAACAUGUUGCUAGCUCUGGAUACCCAGCUGUGUCGUCUGUGGCCGGGACUAGCAUUCCAUCUGCAGAGGGCAGCUUGACAUCCAAUCAGGUAUCGUGUAUAUCAACAGCUGCUAGCCAAUUGUCAUCAAAGGACGAGUUGUCAAUAGAUCCAAAGGAUUCCGGGAUAUUAGGUUCACCAAAGGCGGAGUUGUCGGACAGCUUUGUUGGGCAACAGUGCGACUCUCCUCAACAUUCAAGCCAAAUCAUGCAGCCGCACGAAUCCGAGACGGGGCCAGAUGGCUUUCUGCCCCAGGACUUGUGGGUGGCUGUUGAUGUUCCACAAGGCACCACAGAUAAAAAAGCAGACCGUGCUGAAACGCAUGGUGCUUGUGGUGAUGUUGUUGUCGCAUCUGUGAUUGUUGAAGCAGCUGGUGAGGUUGCCACUCUCCCUGAAGCAAAGCAGAUGGCAGCCGAGUUCGGUGAUCAAGCAGACGGUGACGCUGGUGACACUUCAGCAGUGAAAGCGGAUGCCUCUACCACCGCCACUCUGAAGGAAGAGUGUGAAACACAGUCAGUGGCCGGGAGUGCACACUCUGCAGAGACAAGUUCAUCUGCUUCGUUUGUGAGAAUUUCAACAGAAGAGACGGAAGACUCGCGGAAGUCGAGCAGUCCAUCCGGUGAUGAAGAAGGGGAAACAGUCUCUUCAUCAGACAUUGAGAUCAUCUCAUCGGUUAACGGCGGGUCAAGCAUCGACCAGUUUAGUGCGGUGUCGCCAGCAAGGCACCUGUGGACCAUACAGUCAGACAGUCAUGAUGAGAAACACUUUGAGGGAGCUGAAGCAGCUGGAAUAUCUGAGGACCCUCUAGGCCUCCCUUUAGGUGGUGCUACUACUGAAAGUUUAGAAGAUAUGUCUGAAGUAGAAGGCCUUAGAGCACGGCUGAACAAGCUACAGAGUGUCCUGGAUGCCCGAGAGCGCAAGGUAUUCCUGCUCAGCAAGGAGAUGGCUGAAAUGGCGGAUAGCAAUGCUGCACUACAGAGUGCAUUGCAGAAAUCUGAGCAGCAGCGGGUCAAGGACAAUCAGGACACAUCGAGGCUGACACAAGAGUUCACUCACCGCCUUGCCCGCCUGGAAACGAAGCUUUUGGACACAGCUAGGGAAAGAGAUUCUCUGAAGGCCAAACUCGAGGCUGUCCAACAGGAGGCUGUGUCCAAAGUGAGCAUUUCCCAAAUGGAUGUUCUACUCAAGGAGAAGGAUGAACAGAUUGCUGAGCUCAUGUCAGAAGGAGAGAAGUUGUCUAAGCAGCAUCUGCAGCAGUCAACAAUCAUCAAGAAACUGCGGGCCAAGGAAAAGGAGAUGGAGAACCUCAUCAAGACUCACAAGGAGCGCCUGGAAGAGCAGAGCAAAGAGCUUGACCGGCUUCGACGGUCGCUAAGUGCCAAAGAUGAACAGGAGAAGAAGCACAUUGACACAAUACGGCACUUGACGUCGUCAACACAAAAGCUGGAGAGAGAAGCAACAGCACUUCAGGAAUCUCUUAAUGAAUCAACCAUCAACUUGAAGGACGCCAUGAGCAAUCUUGACACUGCGUACAGUGAGAUAGCUCAGUUGCAGCAUGCCAAUGCCGAGUUUGAGAGGCAAGCAAAGGAGGCAUCCCUAAGUGCCAAGAUGGCUGCUGGUGAAGAGAUACGCAGGGCCAUGGACCAGGCACGUUCCGAGGCAUUGUCUGAGAAGUCGUCCCUGCUCCAACGUAUUGAAGAGCUGCAGCUUGCCCUGGCCAUGGCAGACCAGCGCAGCGAACGACGGGAGGAGCAUCUGCACGCCAGCAUCCGGGAGUUGCAGCAGCAACUCCAAGAAGCCGAGGCACGAAACCAGGAGAUAACGCAAAACCUCUCGUCUGCCACAAGGCCCCUCCUUCGUCAGAUUGAGAAUCUCCAGUCAACAUUCAGCGUGCAAUCUGCUUCCUGGGAGAGGGUGGAACGGAGCCUCACUGAUAGGCUGAACGAGUCCCAGACGCACGCUACACUGCUAGCUGAGCGAGAGCGUGCCCUGAGUGACAAGUGCACCGACCUACAACAGCGGCUCAUGACACUUGAGGCACAAAAUGUGGCGCUGCGACGGGAGAAACAGGAGCUGGCUUCUGAAUGCGACACGCUCAGGGAACAGCAGAGCAGCUUGGAGGAGUAUGAGCGCAGGGAAAGCAACCUCAGGGCGACAAAAGCAAGACUCGAGCAGUCUCUGAAGACCCUCAGGACUGAAAAGGAUGCCUUGUCUGCACAGCUGAGUGCCCUGCAAGAGGAACUCUCCAGCGAGCACAACAAGAACGCCUUGCUUCAGGAACAGCUCCGAGCAGAGCGAGAGAAGAGGCUUGAAAAUUCUAACACUCCAUCACCUACAGCGUCACACUACAGUUCUGUCAGUGAUACCUUCAACUGCAAUCCACUGCCUGAUGACUUGAGCAUGGCAAACAGCACAUUCAGUGUUGGACCAGCAAGUCGUCACACUUCCUUGUACGAGAGCCUCCGUGGCGUCGGUGGCAGCUCGCUCAUCGAGUCUCUCCAGGCACAGCUCAAGAUGCGCGAAGGCGAAGUUGGUCAGUUGCAGGCACAAAUUGGCCAGUUGGAACGAUGCAGGGAAUCCUUGUCACGUGAGCUGACAUUGCUGUCAGCCAAGCAAGAACUUUGGGACCAGGAGCACGAGGAGCUGCGUGAACUCAGGGUUCGUUUUGAGGAUGUGAACCAGAAGUACAACACGCUGCUCCAGAUGUAUGGCGAGAAGGUAGAGGAAGCAGAAGAGCUACGUCUCGACCUGGAAGACAUCAAGUCCAUGUACAAGGCUCAGAUAAAUGAGCUCAUCAAUGCCAAAUAGUGAGCUCUCUUGGUCAUCGCCAGUUGCCACCAGGGGCACCACCAGACACUCACCAUCGCAGGCGAAGGCAGUCAGUGUCUUGACACAUUGUGUCGUCCACACGGGAGUAUUAAAGUUAGGAGAGCGGAAGCUAGGUGCAAGAUCUGUACAUAAACAAGAUGUGCAUACCAGUGUUGUGUUUGUAUAGUGCUUUGAAAGGCACGGAGGGUAAUCAAAGGAACUUCGCAAGUCUUGAUUUUUUUUUAAAUAAAAUGUUUUACCUGCGGUUGUUACA